GAGGGGGGCUCCGUGAAGGCUGGGGUUGGUGGCUGGUGCAUGGGAGGCAGAUCUGCAGGGGUUGGGGAGGGUGUGCCUAAAUUUGCCUCUUCCCUGCCCCCCGACACAGCUCAACAAGAUGGCCGGAAGGCUGGCUGAGUGAAGGGAGUGUGGAGGGGGCGGGGGAGGCUGCAACUCCCAGGUAACAAAACAAGACCGUGUCCGGGAGCCUCGCCAGACGUCGGGCGUCACGGCCGCCAGAUGCAGGGCGGCGCGUGCGGCUGGGUGGAGUCGCAGGGCGGCGGCGGGUGGAGGGUGCAGUCGUGGAUGGGGACACAUGGGUGCUGAUGGGUGGUGUAAGGUGUUGGCAUACCUGGCACUAUACCGCGGGCAAAUGGCGGGCGUUGGCCGACCAAUGACAGCGGUGGCGAGGCUUGGCCACACCCAGAGCGUCGGCGGCGCCAAUGAGCGGCCCAGGUGGCGUGGUGCCCUGCGUGGCGGGGCGCGGGCCUAACACCUGCUAGUCGCCCUGGCACUACGUGAGGGCCCACCGGAUCCUACACUCGUGGCGCCGGCAUGGCACGCACCGUUCCAUUCACACCCACACCGGCCAUCUGCUAGUCCGAGGGUCAGCGCCAUCCCGCGCCAAUAUGCGGCCUUCCUGACGGGCUCCUUCCGCGCUUGGCUGGCAGGAAGGAGCUAACAAGACCCCAUACACGAGGGUGAGCGAAUACAACCGACGUGAGUGUGUCCGAGGCAAGCUGCUCCAACGGGCACGAGAGCUGAGUCACCAGUACGUCGGUUCGACAUGUGAGCUGCUAUGGGGCCCAUCCGAGCGUUCAGUCGCCUCUCACACGGCCUCGCUGCUGGGGAGUUUGUCACCUCAGCCAGCCCCUACAGCCACACGCCGGGCUACUCUGCUGCUCGUCGCCCAUGCUGUGCCCACUCUAGCUCACCCCUCGGAUCACACCACUCCGUUCUGCCGCACUCGCACCUCUUCGGUACCGUGUGUGCCGCAGACCCCCUGCGCGUUGGCCUGGUGUCCUCCCCUGCGGCGUCGCCAACAUGCCUCUUCCCCUUUAAGAAUCUCUUGCCACCAGGAGCGCCGUCGCCAGACACCUACUUGGCCGUGCCCGCUCAACAAGAUGCUAGAGGUGCCAGCCAGGGGGCGGCGAGAGACGCUGAGGGGAGCGAGAGGAGGAGGAAGGAUAUCCUUGAACGUGGAUGGGAAGACGGCAGUGACUUUGAGAGGAAGAGUAAAGAGGAGCGAAAGUCAAAGAACAAGAGUGGCGAAAAGAAAUUGAAAAAGAGUGAACAAAGAAGUAAGAACAAACAACACAACGGUGCACACAAGCGUCAUGAAAGGAAACCAGAUUCUAAAUGGGAAAAGUUUGGUGACAACAAUGCGCAUAAGAAAAAUAAGAACGAUACUAAGUUGAAGAACAAAAACGAUAGCUUGACGUGGAAGAAACACCGGAAAGAGCAUCGGUGGAUAAAGAGUGGAGAGCAAAAUGACUUGGGCCGAGACGGUAGGGAAGAAAAGUGGAAUAAGAACAACGUCAACUCUGCGUCAGUCUCGUCCCCCCCCAGCAAGGGCGAUGAUCCGUGCACGUCGCGCAUGCCAUUCUCGGAUGACGACGACGACGGCUACGGACACGACGAGGGAAGGGAGAAGGAGAGUAAUGAAGACCCGUGGCCCAUCUCAGACAUCGUUGAAACGGAGGACGAGGAGGGGGAGGGGAAGUCUGAACAAGCAGAGGACCCGUCCAGGGAAGCCUUACAAGGUGAUGGUCCUUUGCCGCAGCGCGUGAACAGUCCUGUGAAUAACGCUGAGAUUGCUGGUGUGCUGCAGCGAGAGCAGCCGACCUCCGCUGCGGAGCACAGCGUCUCGGUCGUAACGCAAACUGGAAUCUCAGAGAGUGAGUCAAACUUCGGCACCGUCCUGCCCGACAGCCAGGCAUGGCAGGAUUCACCCCCGACGGAGGAGAAACAUGAUUUGCACCAAGAUUACGAUACGGAUGAGGAACUUCAACUCGAGGAACAAGGCGAACAUGGAAACGAUGACAAAAGAAGGUCGGGGGAGGAGGACUGGCCGAGGGACGGCGUACGUGCCACGCAGCGCCUUCGUCCCCGCAGCUACAGACAAUUCUUGCUGACGCGAGAGCGGAGGAGUCGCGUGUUCCUGAAGGCGAGGAGCUACCAUCUGGGCCGCUGGUUCGUCACCCACUUCACCCACCCGUACCCGUCCAAGGACCAGAAGGACCAGUUGGCGGCCCGCACCAGCAUGACCAGGAACCAGGUGAGUGAGUGGUUCGGCAACAUGCGGCGGCGGAUUCGUGAGGCGACGCGGGGCAUGGGCGUGUGCUGGGAGGAGCGUGUGCGCCUCUACAACACCGUCAUCACCGGCAAGUCAGAGCCGCUGCCCAUCCAGCCCGGGGACGCCAUCAACACCUGGGUGGCCCCCGUGGCUGAAGAACCCCCCACCCUGGACACGCAGGAGGAGGUGUGCGCCUCGCCCAAGUUCAAGAAGGCCCUUAUGCAGCGCUACCUCAACAAUUCCUUCGAUGAGCCGACCCACCGCGCCUCGGGGGAGGAUGCACGUUUAUGCUCCAUGCCUGUCCCCCUCAUGCCACUAGAGGAGGACGCAAACCUCUCACUUGGGCAUGAAAAGGUCUCGGACUCGUCGAAACACGACGCGGCACUCUCACAUCCUCUUCCGCUGUGCACUUCCAGCCCUAAGGAGAGUUUCCAGGCUCGAUGGAACACUUCCUUCCAACACGUCAAGGACACAAAAUUUUCAGCCGUGACGGCGAGGCUUAUGGACAAGACCGAUAUGAGAGUUCGGCCAUUUGGCAGUGGCAGGGGACAAGACGAGGAGGACGGAAGGGCUCUUAAGAAGUACGAGCGGCAAAGGAGUCAAGAUUACCCUUGCGCUGCCUUCAAGAAGCAAAAGACGCAUAUGGACCCCUUUCAGCCCUCCGAUCCUUGUUCCUCCUUUUCGGUCCUACCCGAGUCUCGACAGUCCGCCGGGAGUAGCUGGAGGACCCUCGCCACCACCUCCGCCGCUGCCGCCCACUUCCCGCAGGCGCCGUGGCUCUCCCGCAAACAUUUCGUCGACGUGCGCUCUUCAGAUGAGGAGGGGCCGACAGGGCGAUCCAUGAGGAAGCCUGAGGAGAUGGCAGCCGCCUACACCCUGAUGCAACUCCACACUGACGCUGCCGCGGCACACCACGUAGUGGCACCCCCGCGGCCACCUCCGCUGUCGUCCUAGCUUCAGAAGGAACCCACGCCUCUCCCCAGGCUGACACGCCCGCCAAGCGACUUCCUCGUUAUCUUCGGAUCUUUUCUCAGCAAGGCAGCCUUUGCCGAGCUCAAGCAGUCGCAGACUCUUUUAGCUUAAAAGCGAAGUGAAGAAACUGAAUUCCGUGGUUUGCAAGAGUACUGAACAAGCUGCUCUGAGAGUGAAAUGUUGGACUCAGUGAAGUGGAUAACCUGUAGUUUACAUACAUGCUAACGUACCUGCCGGCAUGCUGGUGAGACAGCCCUGACCCUGGAGCGUCCCUCUGGACAUCACUUGGUGCCUCUGGUGUUUGAUAUUCCUCAUUUGUGAUAUUUUGGCCUCGUUUCGGUUCAUCCAAGCGCCAAUUAAGUUUCGAAUUACUUUCUUUACAAACUUUCCAGUGAUCAGUUCAAACGAGUGAAUGAACCCGUGGGAGUCAUGGCGUGUCUCGAGGUGACUGCGUAAUGAGUGAAAGAAACUCGUAGUGUAAAACUAGGAACAUGUUAAGUUUCCAUAGUACAACUCUUCAUUGUGUACAAAUAGCAUCUUCUGAUGUACUAGCCAAGCAGCGUCCGCACACCUACUGAAACGCCCGGCAAUACCCUGCUACCGUUACCUUAGCUACGGCGGUCAGUGUCGAGUCUUCCUGCGCACUUCUCCUGGCAGAAAUGUGACUGUCCUCAUCGCGGCCUCUGUCUUGUGAGUGGCGUGCCAGCGGUGCAUCCACCCGGGUCACAACUGGCUGGAGAGACGCUAAUGGUGGGCCUUGCAUCACGUGCACGUGAAUUGUGAAGCGUGCUACGUAGCACAACACCAAAGACAGUGGAGACCCGCAUCGCGCCCCCCCGGGACCAACAGAACUUCCCUUAUUGGCCUGAGAAUUGCUUCAUUGUUGUAUUGAGUAGUGUUUAAGCCUUCAAAGCAGGUCUUUGAACGAGGAGUUUGUGAAUAUCAUUCGAGAACCAACAAAAUGCAUCUCGAUGGUUUGCGUUCUAGUAAGCCAACACUUGCGUGAGUUUUUAUGCAGCCGUUUCAGCAGGCCGGCAAUGGAAGGUGCUGCGCUGAAGGCCAAUGUUCAGCAACACCAGCGCGUCAACGGGUCAGUGGCGAGCCAUGCAGCAGCUUUACAGUGUAUGGCAGUUACCGCGGCCAACCUCACCAGCAGGCCAACACCUAACCACCGGCACCCAGACGGUGCACAGCGUGAGAAUGACACCGGAUGGGCCCAUGCUUGGUGCGUCUUGUGAAGAGGGUGAUAUUAUAAAUAACGAGGCACCCAGUGAGAUGGUUUGAAGAAUGAUUCGUGUAGUUAUUAGAUGUUAUGGCUUCUGUUAAACACACCGCAAGUACACAGAAAACUACCACGCGCCACAUAUACACGUGGCCUUGACACACACACACACAUACACACACACACA